ACCUGUGGUGCGUUCAGGUGUCAGGCUGCAGCUCGUAAAGAGUUAAGUGCAAUGUGCGGGAGGAGACACGAGAAAAGAUUUCCAUCUCCUCCUCCGUCUCUACUCUCCUCCUGGGUGCCACUGCUCCGGGGUUGUUGUUUUUUUUUCCACGUCGGCCCGAACGGUACUUGUUGAUUUUUGCUGGCCGAGGCGUGGAGCGAUGAAAGCGGCGCUGUGACGAAUGUGCGGCCGCUGCGUGGAUGUGACACGUCGGAGGAGGAGGAGGAGGGCGGGGAUGGAAGGCAUCACAGUCCAGAUCUAGUGGACCAGUGACGGCGUCUUCCUUUUCAACUGCUGGAUCAUUACGGACAAGCAUGGCAGCAAGGAGGCUUGGUUGAGGUCGAGCCGCUUCCUGCUUUUGCGGUGACGAUGGAGAAGUCGUUGGCAGAGUUCACCAAAGUGGGUUCUCAGUCCACGUCUUCGCUCCCGCAGGAUCCGGCGGACGUGGUGCGCAGUAAAUCAUGUUUGCAGAGGGUCCGCUUGAAUGUGGGCGGCCUCCCUCACGAGGUCUUGUGGAGGACCUUGGAGCGCCUCCCUCGGACGCGACUGGGAAAGUUGCAGGACUGCAGCAGCCACGAGACGCUGAUGGAGGUUUGUGACGACUACAACACGGAGGACAACGAGUUCUUCUUCGACCGACAUCCCGGCGCCUUCACGUCCAUCCUCAACUUCUACCGCACGGGCAAACUGCACAUGAUGGAGGAGAUGUGCGCUCUGUCCUUCAGCCAAGAGCUGGACUACUGGGGCAUCGACGAGAUCUACCUGGAGUCCUGCUGCCAGGCCAGGUACCACCAGAAGAAGGAGCAGAUGAACGAGGAGCUCAAAAGGGAGGCGGAUAAUUUGAAGGACCGCGAUGGCGACGAAUUCGACAACACGUGUUGUGCCGAGAAACGGAAGAAACUGUGGGACCUUCUGGAAAAGCCCAGCUCGUCUGUUGCUGCAAAGAUCCUGGCCAUCAUCUCCAUCCUCUUCAUCGUGUUGUCUACCAUCGCCUUGUCCCUCAACACUCUACCAGAGCUUCAGGACACAGAUGAAUUCGGUCAGUCCACUGACAAUCCUCAGCUCGCCCACGUGGAGGCAGUGUGCAUCGCCUGGUUCACCAUGGAGUAUCUUCUCCGCUUCCUCUCAUCGCCCAACAAGUGGAAGUUCUUCAAAGGUCCUCUGAAUGUCAUCGACCUGCUGGCCAUCCUGCCUUACUAUGUCACCAUCUUCUUGACGGAAUCCAACAAGAGCGUGUUGCAGUUUCAGAAUGUGCGCCGCGUAGUCCAAAUAUUUCGGAUCAUGCGAAUCCUUCGUAUUCUGAAGCUCGCUCGCCACUCCACAGGGCUUCAGUCUCUGGGCUUCACCCUCAGGAGAAGCUACAACGAGCUGGGCCUGCUCAUUCUUUUCCUGGCCAUGGGCAUCAUGAUCUUCUCCAGUCUAGUGUUUUUUGCAGAGAAGGAUGAGGAGGACACCAAGUUUAAAAGCAUUCCGGCUUCUUUCUGGUGGGCGACCAUCACAAUGACCACAGUCGGUUAUGGAGACAUCUACCCCAAGACUCUGCUGGGCAAGAUAGUCGGGGGUUUGUGCUGCAUAGCCGGAGUGCUGGUGAUAGCGCUCCCCAUUCCAAUCAUUGUCAACAACUUCUCUGAGUUCUACAAGGAGCAGAAGAGACAAGAAAAAGCUCUGAAACGCAGAGAAGCCCUGGAGAGAGCAAAGAGAAAUGGUAGCAUCGUCUCCAUGAACUUGAAGGAGGCGUUUGCCCGUAGUGCAGAACUGAUGGACGUGGUGGUGGAGAAGAAUGAAAGGUCUCAUGAUAACCACCUCUCACCCAAUCGUUGGAAGUGGACGCCGAAGAGAGCAACAUCAGAAACCAGUUCCAACCGCUCCUUCAACACGCAACACUUAGGAUCGCCUGAGAAGAAUCAGGACUGCAGUCCUCAAAAGUUGAACGUUCAUAAGCUGGAGGAGAUGUACGCCCAAAUGGCCAAGACUCAGUCACAGCCAAACCUCAACGCUAAAAACAGAGCUUCCAGGGUCGGAAAGUCAAGAGAUGAGAUCGAGCUUGGUGCCAUGCAGGAUCACCGUCCAUCGAUGAUGACAACCAGAGAAGGCGUCGGCGACAUGAAGAGUCUGUCCAGCAUCGACAGCUACAUCAGCUGCGCUACCGACUUCCAGGAGAACCUGCGAUACCCUCAGAGUUCACCGUUGGACCUUUGCCAUAGUAACAGUCCGACUGUAACUUGGUCACAGAACACCUGCGGUGCGCCCACACUGACACCCACCACUGUCACCAAACCGUCCUGCUCAGAAAAUGCGAGAAAAUUCUUGUUCUCCAGCAACGCGUCAAGAAACUUCUUCUCCAAGGAAAGCUGCCGCAACGACAAGGCGUCCGGACCGUCGCCGCUGUCGGACAGCUCCGUCCUGUCCGACCACUCUUUGCUCAGCCCCCAAGUGUCCGUCUACACAACGGCCAGCAGCAGGACCCCGCCCAAGUCUCCAGAGAGUGCCGCCUUGGCCCCCACCGUCUUCACCUUCCACGACUCUUCGAUCAGCAAGUACAUUGACGCUGACACGGACGAUGACGAGCACCUGCGAGACAUCUCUGACGCCAGUCCCACAGAUCGCCUGCUGAGCGGCUCCAGUCCAAAGCGCAGCAUUAACAUCAACUACCAGCGAGGAAGCAACCAUCUAGAAGCAGCACACAAGAUGCUGGCACAAAACUGCCUGUUCCCGCGUGAGGGAACGUGUGGACUUCCUCACGAGAACCAUGUGGGACCAGAGAUGGGACGCAGGUAAAAAAGACGUCAAAAUACUUUGGACAAAAGCCACUGAGUGUUGAGGUUGGAACUACGGAGAAGAAUGUUCUGGAAACAUCCAACCAGAGACAAAGGACACAAAGUCUCACCUUAUGAACAUGAAAAACACGGAGGACGACUCUGGGAGUAAAACUAGGAACUUCACUGCCCCUUUUCGACUCAUUCCAAUUAUUCCGCAAGACAGAAAUGUAGCCAGCAGGUCACAUGACGAUCACACGACAUGUGCUUGUUAAGUCCUCGCUGCCCACAAAACACUUUUUGUAGUCUUAACGAUCCAGGAGAGCUAAAAAACCUUCAACCGGCUUCUUCUCGCUCUUCAUUCCUAAACCUGGCCUUAGUCAUCUUCAUCUGUGCAUGUGAGCGUGCAUGUGAGGAUGACUGCCGAUGGACGAUAAUUCAUGUAAAGAUUGUCCAAGCUGAUUUAUUUUUUAUAGCUAAGAGCAAAGUAGAUUUGUCAUAAUCAACGCUAACGGUUGCUAAGGCUUCGAAUACGAGAUCAUUCGUCUGAAGCUUCAGUAUAUUGUCACAUGACAUUUCAACACCGUCACUGUUAGCUGAGUCGUUCAUAAUACAUGACGGAAAUAACAGUUCUUAUUGUUUUUAUAUUCAACAAUACGCACACAGGCCACUUUAUUAGGUACACCUGCACAAUUCAAUACAGUGGUCGACUCGAUGCAGCGCAAGCUCUGAAGGUGUCAGGAAGUGUUGUUUACCAAAUAUCUACUACUAAAGUACACACUCCGUUGAGAUUACACAUUUGAAUCAUAUCAUAACAUCAUAUUAAUUAUGAUGCCACCUUGUGGACAGAGUGAAAACAACAAACUUCUUUCUCCUUGUAAUUCAGGACAAACACACCAAAUGUACAA